GGAAUGUGCGGGAAGCAGCCCGGCUCCAACACUCUCUCGCCUCUCAGCGCCCGUACCUCGCGCAUUCCUCGCAGCCUGACUCCUGUCCUCCGGCUACUGUUGCACUGCGACUCCCAGCAUCCCCCGGCAGUCAGAGAAUAGCCACACGCGCAAACACACUGUUACUUACACACGCUAUUUUAUUUCCCCGCUGACUUUCAGCCAUAAACACACACAGUUCUAGCUUAUUCCCCAUUCACAAGCAAGGGAUUCUGCAGACUCCCUGCUCAGCGCCGAGUACAAGCGAGUAAAGUGCCGUCACGCAGCCGCAGGUGUCCGGAGCUGCUGCAGCCCUGGCUCCCUGCAACCGAGAAUGAACUAGCGAGCCUGUAGCUUGGACACCUUUAAGAUUGAGACUCGCUGAUUUGCAUGCGAAGCCCCGCCCCGCGCUGAUGUCAGGGAGGGAGAGUGGGAUGCUGCUGGCAGGAGCACAGCUGAGUUCAGACAGCAGGGUUGUAGCUGCUCAGCGCUUGUCUAUAGGAGCUCCGCUCAGCCCAUCACACUGACCUGGGCACACAGCCGUCAAGGAUCUGCCUCUUGGGUCUUCUGAUCAGCGCAAGAGCAUCGCAGCCAAUUCUUCUCCCCUCCUCUCACUCACCAAAGGAUAGAUGUCUCUCUGAAGGCUGACAGACAAACUUCUUAUUAGACUUUGACACCUGCUCUGCGGCGUGGAAUUAGCGUCCUGCGUCCGCUAGCGACUCCUCCAGAACUUUGGAUACAUCUUCCAUCCAGUGUGUACAAACCGGGAUCCAGCUGUGGACUUUGCAUGGUAGGAAGACAGCAGAUUUGGCAUCCAGGAUUGUGCUUUCAAUGCUUCCAUUUGCAAUCUCUGGGACGGCCAUCCAUACUGUAGAUGAUGCUGAUGAGCUGCUGUAGAGCCGAACACCAGUCUGUGGCACCCAGGAGCUGAAGCACGAACAUUUGAUAUACAUUUCACCGAGUUUUACACAUCGCAUCUAUCAUUCAGUGGAAUACUUGGGAGUCUGCUGGCUUGUGCCCCGAGGCUUCAGCUUUGCACUGAGAACACCUGUCUAGUCAAUUUGCAGUACCUUAAGUGAGAUUGAGACUGUUCACCUCGCAAUGGAGAUAUAGCAUCUGCAGUCCAGUAAAUUAUAUUUAUCAAGGUACAAUACAGAAAGACUCAACAUUCUGGAGAUGGACUUACUGUCUGGAACAUACCUUUUGGCAGUUUUAAUAGCCUGUAUAGUAUUUGAGUCUGGUGCUCAGGAGAAGAAAUAUAUAGUACGGGAAGAUCAGCAAGAAAACGUUCUCAUUGGAAACUUACUAAAAGACCUUAACCUUACUUUAGACUCUGCUAUAUCGUUGUCAACACCUCUUCAAUUUAAGCUGGUAUAUAAGACUGGUGAUGUUCCAUUGAUUCGUGUUGACGAGAACACUGGUGAAAUCUUCACUACUUCAAAUCGAAUAGACCGGGAAAAACUUUGUUCUGGAAUUUUCACUGAAAACAAAUGUUUUUAUGAGGUGGAAGUGGCAGUUCUGCCUGAUGAGGUCUUUAGAUUAGUUAAGAUCCGUUUUCUAAUUGAGGAUAUCAAUGAUAAUCCCCCUCUCUUCCCAUCAACAGUCAUCAAUAUAUCCAUUCCAGAGAACACUGCUGUCAAUUCCAGAUACUCUGUUCCAUCUGCCAUUGAUCCAGAUGUGGGUGUGAAUGGAAUCCAACACUAUGAACUCCUUAAGGGCCAAAAUGUGUUUGGACUUGAUGUCAUUGAAACACCAGAAGGGGACAAAUGGCCACAGCUUAUUGUGCAGCAGAGCUUGGAUAGAGAACAGAAAGAUACUUAUGUCAUGAAGAUCAAAGUUGAGGAUGGUGGAAAUCCAGCAAGAUCCAGUACAGCAAUUUUGCAAGUCACUGUUACAGAUGUCAAUGACAACCGGCCUGUUUUCAAGGAGAAAGACAUUGAAGUGAAUAUUCCAGAAGAUGCAGCGGUGGGAAUGUCAGUGACACAACUCCAUGCUACAGACGCUGAUCUGGGCUUGAAUGCAAAAAUUCAUUUUUACUUCGGGAAUCAGAUCACCAACCUUGCCAAAAGGCAUUUUGCUAUAGAUAAUAACACAGGAUUAAUUACUGUCAAAGAGCCUCUUGAUAGGGAGGAGUCUCCCUACCAUAAACUGACUGUGUUGGCAAGUGAUGGCAGUUCAACUCCAUCCAGAGCUACUGUAACCAUAAAUAUUACUGACAUAAAUGAUAACAUUCCAUCAAUCGAUACAAGGUACAUUAUAAAUCCUGUCAAUGGCACAGUGCUGCUUUCUGAAAAAGCUCCACUUAAUACAAAAAUAGCCCUCAUAACUGUAACUGACAAAGAUGCUGAUCUGAAUGGCAAAGUGACAUGUUUUACGGAUCACGAUGUUCCGUUCAGGUUAAAGCCAGUCUUUGACAAUCAAUUCUUGUUAGAGACAGCAGCGCCGCUAGAUUAUGAGAGUACUCGAGAAUAUGCAAUCAAAAUCGUUGCUUCAGACUCUGGGAAACCUUCACUAAAUCAGUCGGCAAUGCUCCUGAUUAAAAUAAAGGAUGAGAAUGACAAUGCUCCUGUUUUUACAUUACCAAUGAUUGGAUUGUCCUUUGUUGAAAACAAUCCUCCUGGAACGGAACUGACCAAAAUCAGUGCAACUGAUGCAGACAGUGGGCGCAAUGCAGAGCUAAGCUACACGCUGGGGCCCAAUGCCCCCACAAUAUUCAAUCUGGAUCGGAGGACAGGAAUUCUCACAGCAGUCAGAAAGCUGGACAGGGAAAAGCAAGACAGGUACACAUUCACAGUAAUUGCAAAAGAUAAUGGGAACCCUUCCUUACAGACCAAUACUACUGUUACCUUGUCUGUGCUUGACCAAAAUGACAACAGCCCCUCAUUCACGCAUAAUGAAUAUAACUUUUACGUCCCAGAAAACCUUCCUAUGUACGGCACGGUGGGACUAAUCACAGUGACUGAUGCCGACUAUGGGGAAAAUGCAGUCGUCACACUCUCUCUUGUCAAUGCCAGAGAUAAUUUUAUCAUUGAUCCCCUUACAGGUGUCAUCAGACCAAAUAUUACUUUUGAUAGAGAGCAACAAGGUUCAUACACUUUUCAGGUCAAAGCUUUAGAUAAAGGCAGCCCGCAAAAGUCCUCAACUGUAAAAGUAACAAUAUUUGUCGAAGAUGUCAACGAUAACAAGCCAGUAUUUGUUGUCCCUUCCAAUAACUAUUCCUAUGAAUUAGUGCAAACAUCAACAAGCCCAGGAUCUGUAGUGGCAAGGGUACAUGCAAUUGACAAUGACACAGGCAUAAAUGCUGACCUGCGAUACAGCAUCCUCGGAGGAAACCCAAGAGGCUUGUUUGCAAUUGGGGAAAAAAGUGGGAAUAUCACCUUGAAAGAAAAACUGCUUGCUGGGGACCAUGGUUCAUUGUACAAACUGGUUAUAAAAGUAAACGAUUCAGGAAAACCCGAACCCUUUCAUACCAUUGCUUUUGUGCAUUUAUUUGUCAAUGACACAAUUACCAAUGGAUCCUAUGUACAGGAGCUUGUGAGAAAGAGUAAGGAAACAGCUGUUGGAGAGGAUUUUAGAGAUGGUGAAAUAACACCUGAGACCAAUGACUACGUCAAGAUCAUCAUUGCUAUUAUUGCUGGCACAAUGACAGUGAUCCUUGUCAUUUUUGUCACUGCUUUGGUACGCUGUCGUCAGACUCCAAGGCACAAAGUUGUUCAAAAAAAUAAGCAAAGUGGAGAAUGGGUUUCUCCUAACCAAGAGAACAGACAGAUCAAGAAAAAGAAGAAGAAGAAGAAGCGUUCCCCCAAAAACCUGCUUCUCAAUUUUGUCACAAUUGAAGAAUCCAAGUCAGAGGACCCUGCUCAUGAGCAUAUUAAUGGCACUUUGGACAUUCCUGUGGAAUUAGAAGAACAGACUAUGGGAAAGUAUAAUUGGGCCACCACACCAACUACUUUCAAGCCAGAUAGCCCAGAUUUAGCCAAACACUACAAGUCUGCUUCACCACAACCUACAUUCCAGAUUAAGCCUGAAACACCAGUUCCUCCUAAGAAGCAUCAUGUCAUCCAAGAGCUGCCUCUUGAUAAUACAUUUGUAGUUGGCUGUGACUCAUUGUCCAAGUGUUCCUCCAGUAGCUCGGACCCUUAUAGUGUCUCAGAAUGCAGCUGUCAAGGAGGCUUCAAGGCACCUGGUCCUAUUCACACAAGACAGAAUGCUAAGGAAGCGGCAAAGCCUCAAAGUCCUCAAAAAGAAUCAAACCUGGAAACAUGGAUUCAACCAACUUCCCAGCGUCGUGUCACAUUUCACCUGCCAGACGGCUCCCAGGAAAGCUGCAGUGACAGUGGAUUAGGAGAUCAUGAAUCUACGGGCAAUGUAAACACGUCACACCCUCUACCUCUUGGCUUUCCUCAAGAAGAAUACUACGAACAAACAUCAGCAAAUAGCAGGACAGAGGGAGAUGGUAACUCAGAUCCUGAAUCAACUAUUGAAGUCAACCUUCAAAAAGCACUGGCAGAAGCCUCUGAGACCUGCACACAGGAAUGCCUCAUCCUAGGUCACUCUGAUAACUGCUGGAUGCCACCAUCAUUAAUGCAAUAUCAACAAUCUAAUCCUCCUUUGCCAUCAUUUGGAUUUCAGCAAGGAUGGGGAAGAGGAACUAGACCUGAUGGAGUGCACACUCUUGGAAGACCUGGGACCAAGGAUGACAUUGACAAAGGGUCACCACGACCUCAGUUUUACAACACGUGUGAAAGACACUGUACUAAUGAUGAUCCAGUGAAGGUUAUUCCCCUGGCAAGCUUCACCCCUUGCCAACAAACACCAGGUUCAGGGAAUAAUUCAAUAUUUGUACACGAGCACCAGCUCUAAGAAAUAUGUUAUAUAGCAGCUAUUUUCAUCUUUCUGUGUGUCAGAUGUAUAUAGUCAAUGCUUAACAAAUCUCAUGUAAAACAUGUAAUCAUGUAGAGGAGUGAAAUCAAUCAAACUUGCAUUUUAGCAUAGCAUUUAAUAUACAGUAUCUUCACUAGCACUGCUAUUUGUCACAUAAAAAAAAAGAAUUUCCACCUAAUAUACAGUAGAACAAUGGUCCUAUUGGUCCCAUGGUUUAAAUAGUUUAGCAUUGCACUUGUUUAACUUACUAAACAUACACCAUUUAAACCCUGAUAAUAUCUAUAUAAAUACAGUAGAUUCCAGCACAUCAUACUCUCACUCAAACGUAUUUAGUUGACAUAUUGUAUAUAGCACAUUUAGUCUUGUUUUGCAUUUAAAUGAUACGGACAUACAAAACAUGCUGGCUUAGUGAUUUAAUGUCAAGCUUUUAGUUUCAGUAAGCAACUCCAGCUAUAUGUAAAAAACUGUCACAGCUGUAAUGGUGUGGAUUAACGUUUCACUAGAGAUUUCUUUAUUUUUCUAUUAGAUGCACUGAAACCACUGAUCUGGUCUGAAAUAAGUUCAAUACAAUGAAAGGAUGUACAUUUCUUAAAAAUGCAGUUUAAAUUCUACCUAUUUGUAAUCCUGUGCAGCCCACAAGUGCAGCACUGAAAAAUGAUUGCUUUGCAAUUUUUAUAUAUUAGUUACCCCUUGGAAGGACUAGCUUGCAAAACAGACAUUUUUUAUUUUGACUUUAGUAAAAUACACUCUUUAUUCAGCCACAGCUUAAUAAUUAUUUUGUUGAUUAAUAUUAAAACUGAAAUAUCCAGUGUGUGGAAAACACAGUGCAGGCAAUAAAGAUUAGAAAUGACAGUUAUAGCAAUCUUGAACUUGUGUUAGCUAGACAGUAGCUCUGCUAUAUACACUUGGCUGAUCUACUGUAGAUGAAAGCUGCAGUUCUUAAAAACCUGGAAAGUAGUGAUUGGAGAAUGUGUGCUGAAAAAUAAACAAAACGCAUUGAAGUCAAUGUGUCAAAAUAAUUCUGAUGCGCGUCAAUUUUGACACGAUCGACAAUUUUUAUACGUGCGACUAUUUUGCCCAAAUGCAUUAAGGUCAAUGGGCGUCCGAAUAAUUUUUGUGCAAGAGAGUUUUUAAUGCACGCGACUAUUUCGUUUUCCAUUGUUUUCCAUUUGUUGCUGCAGUUUGCGCAAAAAUUCGCUGUGAAUUCAUGUCUGGCAAACCCAUCACUACUGGAAAGCUAUGGGUUAAUCUAUUUCUAGUCCAAAGAGCAUAUACAGUCUAGAAAAUAUUUUGAAAGUCUUUCAAUCUGGUUAGCGCGAGCAAUAUAUUUGGAGGCCCAUUUAUCAACAUUUUAGUGGGUUUAGAGGUUUUUGAAACCACAAAUAAACAAAUUUUCUCUAA